UUUAAUCUGUUCGCCGGAUGAGUUCGCGUGAAGGCCAGCCAAGCUAAGGAAUGAAGGACACCCAGGAGCAAAUCCGCACUCUCACUGAGGAAAAUGUUCAACUCAGGGACAGAAAUGAGCAGCUCUUCAGCAAACUGGGUGCUCUGCAAGGUAAACUGGGAUCACUUGGGACCUCAAAGACUGAGCUGUCUUCCAAACUUAUUCUCAGUGAGGAAGAGAAACUUAAGAUGUCAAAGGAGCUUGUGGAAGUUGAAAUCAGGGCCAAUAAGAUGAGAGAGCAAUAUGAAGAGGAGAACUUUGAGUUGAAAAAUAAGCUUCUGUGUCAGGAGGCCUUGGUAUCGGCCCUGCAGACUGAGCGCGACGGCUUGAGGCGAGCUGUUCAGGGGGCGUCCGUGCGGGCGCAGGCGGCCGAGGUCAACGCCAGGGAGCUGGCGGAGGAGUACAGCACCCUGAAGAGGAACUUCCUGAGCGUGUGCGAGGCCUACGAGCGUGCCGUCACCCACACCGAGCAGCUGAGUGCCGAGCUGCUGGCGCUCGCCAAUACCCACGAUGCACUGCUCCAGGAGCGGGACCAUGCACAGCGGCGCGCGCGCCAGAAAGGGGAGGAGGUGGAACGCGUGCGGGCGCUGGUCAGCCGAAUUAGCCACAACAGGAUCAGGCCAGAAGAACUAUCUGCCAUGGACCAGACCAAGGGCCCCCCAGAGAAAAAUCUUCUGGGUAAACAGAGUGAGCUGAAGGAUGAACUGGAGAAAAUCAGGAAGAGUUACGAAGAGCAACAGUACAGACUGGAAGAGAAAGUGGUUGCCAUGGGGAAGGAGCAGCAGGAAAAUAAGAGAGCAAUCAGGAGCACACAACACUCGCUGGCCGAGCAGUCGGUGGCUCUUAUGACCUCCCAACAUCGGCUAAAGGAGCUGGAGGCUGAGAAUUCUCAGCUGCAAAAUCAACUGAAGGAGUUGAACCAGGAGUACCGAGCCAGACUCACCAAGUAUCUACAGGACCUCACUGAGUUCAUGUCUGGUUUAAAGGAGGGCUUGGAGCAGAAGGAGGCCUCCUAUUGGCCCAAGCUGCAGGGUCACGUGGACGCCAUGUUGAGUGACAUGAGGGUGGCCUAUCGCAGGAGAGAGGAGCAACUGGCCAAUGCCGCGCGCAGCUACCGCCGCAAGAUACGCAGCCUGGCUAACACACACAACUCCCUGCUUGUUGCUUACAGGGUGCAGCGAGAGCAGAUCCUGGCCCAGGAGGGUGCAGUGCUGGAGGCCGGCCCCCCUGAGGCCCACUUCUCCCUGGAGGAGGCGGAGGGGGAGGCAGAGAAGGAGUUACACAACCUGCGCAUGGACAAAGCCCGGCUGGAGAGCCAGCUCAAACACACUCAGGAGCAGGCGUUGCUUUCAUCCAAUCUUUCUCAGCAGGCUCAGCUAAACAAUGCCGCCUGGACUGAUAUCAGGAACCAAUUACGUGAGAUCACCAGCACCGCUCAGGAGGGCUGGGAGAGGGAGAGGGCCCAGCUUCUCACCCAGGCUACAGUCGCAGAGGAACAGGUGGCGGAGCUCCAGGAGUAUGUGGACAACCACUUGGGCAGGUAUAAGCAUGAGAUCACUCGUCUGAGGGGUCUCCUGGGACUGGGAGCUGUGCGGUCCAGCAGUGCGGAGCUUCCCAACAGGACACGCCUCCUCCGCCGCUCAUUCAAAAAUACCAGCUUUGAGAUCUAAAUCCACGCCCCCUUUUCUCAAGCAAGACCAUGUGUACAUUCCAAUAUGCAGACUUCUGUCCUUCCCUGCUCACUUGCCUGCUUGUGACCUCAUGAUGUCACCAACAACAGGAAAUGAAUUCAAUUUCUCAAUUGCAAUUGGGAUGGUGAAUGAAGAACAGUCCCCCAAAAAUUGUUGUGGCUAGGUUAACAGUGGGGAACCUUUUUUUUAUUCUCCACAGAGGUGGCCUGUCAGCAAAAUGCA